AGAGGGAUGCGGGCGGCAGAGCGCGAGAGGCGGCGGCUGGGCUGCGGGGCGCUGUGACUGUCCCUCCACCCAGUCUGGUCGCGCUCCUCUCUUCGGCCGGUUGCCCGCCUCCUCUCUGCACCCUGGUUUCUGUCUCCUGCUCCUCCUUUGCCCCGACCCUGUUCCUAUGGCAGCAGCUCCCUGCGUCUGGGGCGCAGCUUCUCAGCGGACUAUCCCCUCGCUCCGCAGGCUGAGCCCAGUCACUGGAUGUUGCUGAAACUCCGGAGAUCAUGCGCUCCUUUGGCCGCAGCCUCACCGCCGGCUGUCUCUGCUGCCGCCCCCUCCUCUGCUGCCGAGGUCCGCGGGAUGCUCAGUAGCCCGCUGCGUGGCCCCCGCGAUCCCGUGUUCUUCAGAAGCCGUUGGUUGCUGCAGAGUUGCGCGAAGUAGUCAUGGUGCUGUGGGAGUCCCCGCGGCAGUGCAGCAGCUGGACACUUUGCGAGGGCUUCUGCUGGCUGCUGCUGCUGCCGGUGACGCUGCUUAUCAUAGCCCGCCCGGUGAAACUCGCUGCUUUCCCUACCUCCUUAAGUGACUGCCAAACGCCCACCGGCUGGAACUGCUCCGGUUACGAUGACAGAGAAAAUGAUCUCUUCCUGUGUGAUACCAACACCUGUAAAUUUGACGGGGAAUGUCUAAGGAUUGGAGACACUGUGACUUGCGUCUGUCAGUUCAAGUGUAACAGUGACUACGUGCCUGUGUGUGGCUCCAAUGGAGAGAGCUACCAGAAUGAAUGCUACCUGAGGCAAGCUGCCUGCAAGCAACAGAGUGAGAUACUUGUGGUCUCAGAAGGAUCCUGUGCUACAGAUGCAGGAUCGGGAUCUGGAGACGGAGUCCAUGAAGGCUCUGGAGAGACCAGUCAGAAGGAGACAUCUACCUGUGACAUUUGCCAGUUUGGUGCGGAAUGCGAUGAAGAUGCUGAGGAUGUCUGGUGUGUGUGCAACAUUGACUGUUCUCAAACCAACUUUAAUCCCCUCUGUGCUUCUGAUGGGAAAUCUUAUGAUAAUGCAUGUCAAAUCAAAGAAGCGUCAUGUCAGAAACAGGAGAAAAUUGAAGUCAUGUCUCUGGGUCGAUGUCAAGAUAACACAACUACAACCACUAAAUCUGAAGAUGGGCAUUAUGCAAGAACAGAUUAUGCAGAGAAUGCUAACAAAUUAGAAGAAAGUGCCAGAGAACACCACAUACCUUGUCCAGAACACUACAACGGUUUCUGCAUGCAUGGCAAGUGUGAACACUCCAUCAAUAUGCAGGAGCCAUCUUGCAGAUGUGAUGCUGGUUAUACUGGUCAACACUGUGAAAAGAAGGACUACAGUGUUCUCUACGUUGUUCCUGGUCCUGUAAGAUUCCAGUACGUCUUGAUUGCAGCUGUGAUUGGAACAAUUCAGAUUGCUGUCAUCUGUGUGGUGGUCCUCUGUAUCACAAGGAAAUGUCCCAGAAGCAACAGAAUUCACAGACAGAAGCAAAAUACAGGGCACUACAGUUCAGACAACACAACAAGAGCAUCCACACGGUUAAUCUAGAGGGAGCAUGUUUCCCAGUGGCCGGACAACCGACAGCUUGGACUACACAAUACAGUAUUAGAGACAAAAGAAUAAGACGAGAUCUACACAUGUUGCCUUGCGUUUGUGGUAAUCUACGCCAAUGAAAACAUGUACUACAACUAUAUUUGAUUAUGUAUGGAUAUAUUUGAAAUAGUAUACAUUGUCUUGAUGUUUUUCUGUAAUGUAAAUAAACUAUUUAUAUCACACAAUAUAGUUUUUUCUUUCCCAUGUAUUUGUUAUAUAUAAUAAAUACUCAGUGAUGAGAAAAAAAUGGCUUUCUUAAACUUGCAGUAAUUCAUAGCUGUAGACACAGUUUAACUGUCACAGGCUAUGCAGACAGCAAUAUUUCAUCCCUCUGUGCAUCUUCAGACAAUACAUUAGUUUGCACAGGAAUCUGUAGCUAGCUUUUGAGUGAUUCCGAGAUCAAAGGAUAUACUGGUUAUUGGCAAAGAGGAAAAAAUAAUUUAGUUUAUUGAGGAAGCAUAAGAUAUGUCAUUGCCUUGGAUCAUCUCUGUUUCAUCUACUUUCCUCCCUGUCUUUCACUGCCAUUCCCAGGACAGAAAACUCUCUGGCAUAAAAGCUACAGAAGAGAAGAAGGGAAGGAGGGAAUGAGGGAAGAAGGGAAGUGUUUUGUAGCUCAAAAUAAAAUGCAAAAAGGAUACUUGUCUUUACUGAAAAGCAACAUAACUAUCUUAGUUAAAUACAUCUACCCUGGGUGUUCUGAGAAAGCUAUCUGUUAGGUGUAUAAACAGUGGUCAAACCUAUUUUGUAUUUGUUUCUGCAAGCAGGAAUAAGAGCUAAGAGAACAUUGUAACUGUGUCAAUAAGUAUGAGUCCAAACUGUGGCUUCUUAGAAGACCCUUGCUGUGUUUAUAUCUUAUUUGAAAAGAAGUUAGACUAGCAAACAAAUGCCCCAAGAACAGUUUUAUGGCCCAAAGAGUACUGUUAUUCGAAACUGAAAUACAAAAAGACAAUGUUUUUAUGACAAUGGAGAAAUACGUUUUAAGCAUAUUUACAGAAGGAAGAAAAUCCCUGAGAAUCUAAGGGACUUUCAUGAGCGCUGUUGUUAACUCCUAUGGGAUCUGAGCAGACAGGUAUGAAUGGUCAAUUUGCUUCGGGAAAGUAAAUUGGGAAAAUUCUCAAGGAAUAAGAUGAAAUACCAAAUUAAGUAAUUUAUUAUAGUUUACCUUUGAGUAGUUCCUGUGGCACAUAUGGGUGAUUUAAAUAAAGCUUUAUUUGUCUUCCUCAAAUGACUUCUUCAUGGACUAAAAGAAAUGGCAUCCCCUCCUUUGUUACGAACCAAAAAAACACAUAGCAAAUCAAAAUGUUCUGGAUAUAAAAUAUUCUAUGAAAAAAUAAGAGUCUGAGGUGAAAUUUAAACUACCUGUUAAUGUAUAAUAAAGC